AUGGAACAGGAAUUGGGUCAUGAGUUGAUUGAAUAUGACAGAUCUGAGAUGUGGACACGGGCACAGAUGAACAAGAAAGGAGAAGUUAUUGAUGAAGAAGCUCGAGAGGUGGUGAAGAGGAUUGCAGAAUACAUGCAAAAAGUAGCAGAAGGAGAGUUGGUGGUGGAAGGUUCAAACGAUAUACUAACAAUGACAUUAGACACUCCAGAGCAAGGGGGACGUAGCAGUGCAUUUGGAUCAUCAAAUGCAUCUGGUUCGGGUGAAGGAGGAGCCUCAAACACACCACAUACACCAUAUGACCCUCCACCACCAACACAAGCACCAUAUGCUCCUCCACCACCGACAUGGACAUCAUAUGCUCAACGACCACCCUCACAGAUACCAUAUGCUCCUCCACCACCGACAUAG